CUCGGGUGGUCGAAGAAUGGAACCGUCAUCGGCCCUGUCGACGAUCUUCAAGAUCCCCCUGCGAAGGCUUCGUCUAAGGGUAUCCCGGUAAUGAUGAGGGCUCAAUCAAGCCACCCUUUAGAUCCAUUAUCUGCUGCUGAAAUCUCUGUGGCAGUAGCGACCGUCAGGGCUGCUGGGGCGACCCCCGAGGUGAGAGAUAGCAUGCGGUUUGUUGAGGUGGUUCUAUUGGAGCCUGAAAAAAGUAUUGUUGCACUUGCUGAUGCAUAUUUUUUCCCUCCCUUCCAACCGUCACUAGUACCCAGAACUAAAGGUGGACCCAUUAUUCCAAGCAAACUUCCGCCGAGGAGGGCUAGGCUUGUUGUCUAUAACAAACGUUCAAAUGAGACAAGCAUUUGGAUUGUAGAACUCACUGAAGUACAUGCAGCGACUCGUGGUGGUCAUCAUAGGGGAAAGGUCAUUUCAUCAGAAGUAGUGCCGGAUGUACAACCACCUAUGGAUGCUGUGGAAUAUGCGGAAUGUGAAGCUGUGGUCAAAGAUUAUCCUCCAUUCCGUGAAGCAAUGAAACGACGAGGCAUUGAGGAUAUGGAUCUUGUGAUGGUAGAUGCCUGGUGUGUUGGUUAUCACAGUGAAAAAGAUGCUCCCAGUCGGAGACUUGCUAAACCACUGAUUUUUUGUAGAACAGAGAGUGAUUGUCCCAUGGAAAAUGGUUAUGCACGCCCUGUUGAAGGAAUUUAUGUGCUUGUUGAUAUCCAGAAUGUAGUGAUCAUUGAGUUUGAAGACAGGAAACUCGUUCCUCUACCUCCAGCAGAUCCGCUAAGAAACUAUACUCCAGGAGAAACAAGAGGAGGUGUUGAUCGUAGUGAUGUGAAGCCUCUCCAAAUUAUUCAGCCCGAUGGCCCAAGUUUCCGUGUUAACGGUCACUUUGUUGAAUGGCAAAAGUGGAAUUUUCGAGUUGGUUUCACACCUAGAGAGGGACUGGUAAUCUAUUCUGUGGCAUAUAUUGAUGGUAGCCGCGGUCGCAGACCCGUGGCCCAUAGACUGAGCUUUGUCGAGAUGGUAGUGCCUUACGGAGAUCCAAACGAACCACAUUACCGUAAAAAUGCAUUUGAUGCUGGGGAAGAUGGAUUGGGAAAGAAUUCACAUUCUCUUAAGAAGGGGUGUGACUGUCUAGGCUACAUCAAAUAUUUCGAUGCACAUUUCACGAACUACACGGGGGGUGUAGAGACUAUUGAAAAUUGUGUUUGCUUGCAUGAGGAGGAUCAUGGAAUAUUGUGGAAGCAUCAAGAUUGGAGAACUGGACUAGCAGAAGUACGGCGAUCAAGAAGGCUUACGGUUUCAUUUAUUUGUACUGUGGCUAACUAUGAGUAUGGCUUUUUCUGGCACUUCUACCAGGAUGGUAAAAUUGAAGCAGAAGUGAAACUUACUGGAAUUCUCAGCCUGGGAGCAUUGAAUCCGGGUGAAUCACGAAAAUAUGGUACGACCAUUGCUCCAGGUUUAUAUGCACCUGUCCAUCAACAUUUCUUUGUUGCACGCAUGGACAUGGCUGUUGACUGUAAACCUAAUGAAACCUUCAAUCAGGUGGUUGAGGUGAAUGUAAAAGUUGAAGAACCAGGGCAAAAUAACAUUCACAACAAUGCAUUUUAUGCUGAAGAAAAGCUUCUCAGGUCUGAGCUGCAAGCAAUGCGUGAUUGUGACCCCUUUACUGCACGACAUUGGAUUGUAAGGAACACAAGAACUGUCAAUCGGACAGGGCAACUCACAGGCUACAAGCUUGUACCUGGUGCAAAUUGUCUACCUUUAGCUGGUCCAGAGGCAAAGUUUCUAAGAAGGGCAGCCUUCCUGAAGCACAAUCUUUGGGUCACUCCAUAUAAACGUGAUGAGAUGUACCCAGGAGGAGAGUUUCCAAACCAAAAUCCACGUGUAAAUGAAGGAUUAGCUACAUGGGUUAAGAAAAACAGGCCCAUUGAGGAAACCAAUGUAGUUCUUUGGUAUGUUUUUGGAGUUACUCAUAUUCCUCGCUUGGAAGAUUGGCCUGUUAUGCCUGUGGAGCGCAUAGGCUUCAUGCUUAUGCCUCACGGUUUCUUCAACUGCUCCCCGGCAGUUGAUGUUCCUCCUAGUGCUAGUUCCAGUGCUGAAUUGGAGCUGAAGGAGAAUGUAGCCUCGAAGCCAAUUCCAAGUAAUUUGCUCGCAAAGCUCUGAAGCCUCUUUGUUUUCAGGGCGGUGCCUGUUUCAGUCCGAAACUGGAGCAAAGUUGGAAAAACCUGCACUACUGUAGUUGGAUUUCCCUUCUAAUAAACAAUAAUGUCGGUCUACUGUGUAUUGUGCUUGUAAUAAACCACUCGUUUAUCUGAGUGCGAAAAUAAACGGUAUGUUGCAUUGCUACUUGUUACUUGGUUAUGUAAUAUUCCUUGCUAUUAGUUUGCAACUUUUCUUUACCUAGUGAUUCUGGUGCUAAUGACCGGAUGGUGUUUGUUUUGAA